AUGGGGGAUUGGAACUUACUAGGUGGCAUCCUAGAGGAAGUUCACUCCCACUCAACUAUCGUGGGGAAAAUCUGGCUGACCAUCCUCUUCAUCUUCCGGAUGUUGGUACUUGGUGUCGCUGCUGAGGAUGUCUGGGACGAUGAACAGUCCUCCUUUGCCUGCAACACCCAGCAGCCGGGUUGCAACAAUAUCUGCUAUGAUGAUGCUUUCCCCAUCUCUUUGAUCAGAUUCUGGGUUUUGCAGAUCAUCUUUGUGUCCUCCCCUUCUCUGGUGUACAUGGGCCACGCACUUUAUAGACUCAGGGACUUUGAGAAGCAAAGGCGGAAGAAGAAGUCACACCUUAGGGCCCAGAUGGAGGACCCAGAGCUUGACUUGGAAGAGCAGCAAAGGGUAGAGAGGGAGCUGAGGAGACUCGAGGAGCAGAGAAGGAUUCAUAAAGUCCCUCUGAGAGGAUGCCUGCUGCGUACUUAUGUCUUACACAUCCUGACCAGAUCUUUGCUAGAAGUAGGGUUCAUGCUAGGCCAAUAUAUUCUCUAUGGGUUUCAAAUGCACCCCCUCUACAAAUGCACCCGACCCCCUUGCCCCAAUGCGGUGGACUGCUUUGUAUCCAGACCUACAGAGAAGACCAUUUUCAUGGUCUUUAUGUACAGCAUUGCUGCCCUCUCCUUGUUACUCAAUAUCCUGGAAAUAUUUCAUCUGGGCGUCAGGAAAAUCAUGAGGGCACUUGAUGGCAAGUCCAGCAGUGAGAACACUGAGCAUGAAGCAGGCCUUCCGUUCCAUUCAACCAACUACUCGGGGGCCCAGCCCUGUAUGGUUUGCUCUUCUUUACCAGAAAGAUUCUCCCUACUUUCAGCCAACAAUAAACAGCAGGUCAUCCGAGUCAAUAUACCAAGGUCUAAAAGCAUGUGGCAAAUUCAACACCCCAGGCAACAUGAUGUGGAUGUCUCCUGUAGCAAAAGAGACUGGGCUGAGAAAGUUGCAAACAGUGGACAGCUCCACGUCCACAGCCCUUGUCCCCACGAUGGCAGUGCCAGAAUUCAGCACCCAGGACAGCAACCAUGCCAGUCCCUCUUUGGCUCAAAGAACGCAAGGUCUCAGUCCUGGGUAGGUACAAUGAUAGCUUCUCCCCACUGCCCACCAUCUACAUUAGGCACCUGGGAGCGAUCCCAGGGCCCAGAGGCCUCAGGCAAACCUCUUGCAGAUCUUCAAAGUCACUUCCAAGGCAGCGAUGGCAGUGCGCGAGAGAGUGGGGUCUGGGUAGACAGACUCGGCCCAGGCAGUCGCAAGGCCAGCUUUCUGUCCAGGAUGCUGUCAGAAAAGGGACAACUGCACAGCGACUCAGGAAGCUCAAGGUCUCUGAAUAGCUCCUGCUUGGAUUUUCCACAAAGGGAAAACAGCCCUUCACCUCUCCCAUCAACCACUGGGCACAGAGCAUCCAUGAACAUGCUUCUAGAACUUUCAUCUAUUAUGAAAAAAUAA